AGAGAAAAAGAGAGGGUUGUAGAGAGAGGGGGAGCGGGGAAAAAUGGGGAGACUGUUCGUCGUGACCUUGAGGGCAAGAUCUACAGCUGCAAGCACUGCCGUACGAAUUUAGCUCUCUAUGACGACAUCGUUUCCAAGUCUUUCCACUGCAGGCAUGGAAGGCUUAUCUCUUUAGUAAGAGUGAAUGUCACGGUUGGUGAGAAAGAAGAUAGGAUGAUGAUGACUGGAUUGCACACUGUUUCUGAUAUUUUCUGUGUCGGUUGUGGAUCAAUUGUGGGAUGGAAAUACGAUACUGCCCAUGAGAAGAAUCAAAAGUAUAAAGAAGGAAAAUCUGUCCUCGAGCGGUUUAAGAUUUUUGGCCCAGAUGGGAGCAACUACUGGGUCAGUCAUGAAGCACAGGUUAGUGGAAGUGAUGCAGAGGAGGUUUGA